AUGGAUGAUGAAAUAAUCACAGUGGAAAGUUCACCAUCAUUAGAUUCAAUCAUACUGCAUAAAAAUACAAAUGAUGAAUGUGUACAAUGUCCUCAACAAUGUGUUCAAUUGAACACAUUGAAAUCUUCAAGUAUCAAUAUCACAUAUGAUGAUGGUGAUGAUGAUGAUGUUGAUAAUCACGACAAUGACGAUAAACAGUCAACUUCCGGUUCACCUUCAUCGGCUCCAUUAACAACUAACAUUGAUGAAGAAUCUUCAUCAACCAUGAAACCAUCUGUAUCACGCUAUUCUGGUUAUAGUAUGUUGAAUAAUUUUAAAAAACGUAUUAAACAAUUUAAUUUAAUCCCAUCGAAAAGUAUUGAAUUGCAUAAAAGUAUGCAUAAUUUAUCAAUAUCACCGAAAAAAUCGAAUUCACCAUCAACUAGUAGCAAUGCCACGAUGAAUGCUAAUUCUACACCGAAUUCGGUGACAUCAUCAAGUGUAAAUAUAUUGAAUUUAACACAAGAUGUACCAGAUGAUAUAAUGUUUAUAGAGAAUGAUCAUGAGAAAGCACUGUACACAGUGACAUCGCUGACUGAGGAACAAUUAUUAUUACUUCAAUCAAGUUGGAGUUUAGUUAAACAACAUAUUGAAAAAAUUGGUGUGAUCACAUUUUUAGGUAUAUUUGAACAACAUUCGGAUUUUCGUGAUGCAUUCACUGAAUUUCGUAAAAGAAAAUUUGUUGACAUAAAACAUGAUCCAGCUAUGCAAGUUCAUGGUUUACGUGUAUUAAGUGUAGUUGAUAAAUUAAUUACUCGAUUGCCUAAAACUGAUGAUAUAGAAAGACAACUGUUAGUAGUUGGAUCUAAACAUUGUCGAUAUGUCCCAACGAUUACAUUAGUAUCUAGUGUUUCAGAUCAAUUAUGGGGUGCAAUAGAACCAGUGUUAAAAGAAGAAGGCCUAUGGUCAGAUGAUUUAGCAGUUACAUGGAAAUCAGUUCUUGAUUAUUUAACUAAAACAGUCAAAUAUGGUUUAGCUAAAACAUUCCAUUCUACACAUAAAUAA